AUGCACCUCACAGCUCUCCUCACGGGAAUUUUGUCACUGCUGUCGGUCACUACAGCCAUCCCAAUGACGAGCGAGAGCCCGACCCCUACACCCUCCAUUUCCAAGUCUCUCAUCUCGCCGUCCAGCUCUGCCUCAGCGUCUGCCUCAGCGUCUGCCUCGGCUUCACCUACCCCCUCGCCCAGCGCCUACGAGGCUUACACAUGCCCCAAGGGCAAUUUCAAGUCCUGCUGCAUGUCAGUGCAGCAGACGAGCAAGGACAUCAUUACACCGCUCGGCGAGUUGGUGCCGCUCAUCGGUGGUAUACAGAUUAGCUCGGCUAUAUCUUUCCAGUGCAAGAAAAUGGCUGAUAAGGAGGCUCCUGAUACAUGCAACAAACAAGGUUAUAGCCCCAUGUGCUGCGACAGUGAUAAUGCGGGUAACGGCUUCAACACGUGCAAGCAUUUCGAGGAUGUUAAGAAGACUUACUAUGCUAAGAAUAUGAAGGAUACACCGGAGACACAGGCUGAUAUGAUCAUGGACAUUCUCACUUAA